AGCGGAGGAAAAAAGGAUGGUGAUGCUGAGAAAGAAGACGAAAAAAUCCCACCUACAGACAAGAGCGAUCCUUUUGUCAUGGCUUUUGCUACACUGCCAUCUUCUGGACUCUUGGAAAAGCGACAAGCUGGAGCGCGUUCAAGGGAGGAAGGAGACUUGUGGCACGGUCAGCGGGGCUCUUUAAGGACAACAACAAUGAAGUUCACUCGGUUUUUGAUGAAAAGCAGCUCAGUGGCCGGAAUACCCAAGCAAGUGGAGCGGUUUUCCAAGUUCUCGCCGUCGCCUUUGUCGAUGAAGCAAUUCAUUGACUUCGGCUCUGCCAAUGCUUGCGAGAAGACUUCCUUCGUGUUCCUGAGGCAGGAGCUCCCGGUCAGGCUGGCCAACAUCAUGAAGGAAAUCGAUUUCCUCCCGGACAAGCUCCUCGGCACUCCUUCCCUAAAGCUCCUCACCAGUUGGUAUUCGCAGAGUUUGUUGGAGCUUGUAGAGUUUUUAGAGAAAGAUCCAGACGAUAAGGACACCCUGACAAACUUCACGCAAACGCUGAUUAAAAUCCGCAACCGGCACAACAACGUGGUGCCAACGAUGGCUCAGGGUGUGGUGGAGUUCAAGGAGGCUUUUGGCGUGGACCCUGUGACCAACCAGAACGUCCAGUACUUUCUGGACCGCUUCUACAUGAGCCGCAUCUCCACCCGCAUGCUCAUGAACCAGCACACGUUAAUCUUCGACGGCAGCGUGAACCCGGCGCACCCCAAGCAUAUCGGCAGCAUUGAUCCCACCUGUGACGUCGUGGAGGUUGUAAAAGAUGCUUAUGAAACAUCAAAAAUGCUGUGUGAGCAGUAUUACUUGACCUCACCGGAUAUGGAAAUCACGCAAGUAAACUCCAAAAACCCAGACCAGCCUCUCCAUAUUGUUUAUGUGCCAUCGCACCUUUACCAUAUGCUUUUUGAGCUGUUCAAGAAUGCAAUGCGGGCAACGGUCGAAACCCACGAGACAAGCCCGUCGCUGCCCGCCAUCAAAGUGCGGGUCUCCCUGGGCAGCGAGGACCUAACCAUCAAGAUGUCCGACAGAGGAGGCGGAGUCCCCCUGAGGAAGAUCGAGCGGCUCUUCAGCUACAUGUACUCCACGGCCCCCAGUCCCGUGCAUGUCGACAACUCUCGUAACGCCCCCCUGGCUGGUUUCGGCUAUGGCCUCCCCAUCUCCCGUCUGUAUGCCAAGUAUUUCCAAGGCGACCUGCAGCUCUACUCUAUGGAGGGUUACGGAACCUCAGCUGUCAUAUACUUAAAGGCCCUGUCCUCAGAGUCGGUGGAGAGGCUCCCCGUGUUCAACAAGUCAGCGCUGCGCCACUACCAGUCCACCACGGAGGCCGAUGACUGGUGCAUGCCCAGCAAGGAGCCGAAGAAGCUGGGCAGGAGCGAGAGGACUCACUCCUGAUAGACUCAAGGAGGUAGUGGAGAAUAGAAUCGAGUCGUAGCAACGAAAACACACAAGUUGGUGUUGGCCAGUUGUGAUUAGAACAUAACGCAAUUGUAUUAUUUCUCUUGAGAUCGUAACGCAGCAGAUUUUAUUGAAGCUUGCAUUUGCUCCUCUCGUUUUUAACGCGACUGUCCCGCGUAGGUGUUUUCAUUUGAAUCUCGCAUCAGGUGACUUCCUUGGAACUGUGAGCCCUCGCAAACAAGUUACAUAAACAAUGCUAAUACUGUAAAGGUGCUACUUGUAAAAGUCAGUCACGUUUCUCUUGAAGUAACCACUCUGGUUAACCAGGUUAUAAUUCUUCAUUUAAUAUCUUCCAUGUUUCUUAUGGUAACAGUUUUAUAACAACAGACCUCAGCACAAAACCCGUUAAAGCAUAUACAGUAUAGAGUGUGACGGGACCAAUUACCUUGCUUUUUACAUUUGUCAUCUUUAAUAUACAGUAUUGUAUAUGUUAUGAUGGCUCACAUAUUUCCCGCCUUAGAUGGCGACACCUUUUAAAUAGGAGGUUUUAUUUCAAAGCAAAAAGCAGGAAAUUAUUUCCAACAUUCAACCCAAAAAAAAAAGAGAUAUUUAGACGUCAUAUAUACAUUGUGCCUCACGUCACCUGAUCUUGCAAACAUUUUACAGUAACCUCUGUUUGAAUGUAAACGUGAAAAGAUGAAUGUAAACAAAGCGUUUACAAACGCAAAGUACCCUACAGUGGUUCGGUCCGCUUACUGGAGGAGAGGCAGAUAAACACAAACGUAAUUUUGGAAAAUGAUGUGAAAUCAUCUGCUCAGUUACUCACCAGCUAGUCCUUGUGUCAUGCGUGCAUGAGUUAUUGUAACUGGGGCCCAACUACCGCGAAUCAACAAUCUGAAAGGGAUCUGCGUACCUCUGUGGUAUUAUCCAAGUAAUGUAUUUCUUUAAUCAAGCCCGGUUAACAAGAUAACGGUACUGGAAUCUUUCAAGGAUCUUUGAAUGUAAACUCAGCUGUGCCGUAUUGUAAAAUGUACUAGAUGAAGAUUUUAGAAUACUAACCAAUGCACACGAGGACCCGGCCAGCUGAAAUGUCUUUACCGCCCAAUACGAAAAUGAUACGGCACGAAUAUGCUGAUGAAUGUUAAUUUCCGUAAGGAAGAACUGCACGUUCUUGUUUGGAAAUAGGACUGUUAUGUGCAGCACAUGAAGUAGUUUGUUUGUACUGUUGCAAAUGAAAGUAGAGGAUUGCGCUAUUUUUGCAUGCACUGUAGCAACGAGUGAUUUUGAAUGACAAACGGCCUUCAUACUACCUAACGUCCAAACAUGCUGAUUAAUAUGUCAAAUAUGCACACCGUGGUGAUAUAAUAAGCAUUACUUUUAAAUGUCUUUAUCACCUCCCAUUAUCAUAUCGUUCAUCAAUACGCCUUUUCGUCAGAAUUUGGUAGGAUUUCGGACAAAAAAAUUUUCGUGUUUCGUUACUGCAGUGGAUUUAUUAGAAUGAAUUCAUGUGUAGAAAUCAUCGAAUGUGUUGGGCCAGUUUUUGCCACAUUUAGCGUCCACAGCUUUUCUGCCUUGACACACAAUAUAAACAUUAUUUUGACAAUAUUAUUUUAACUCACUUCAAGUGUGUAUGUGUGCUGGACAUUUCCAUUUCAAAUGUUGUAUUUUACCACGAACCACAAAAAAAAAAAUGAAGGAAAAAAAAACUAUACAAAAACAUUGUCACUGUUCAAAGUGUAGUUUUUUUCACACUCCUUUUUGCCAGUUUCAUCCGCAUUCCGGUUUCAACAAGCUAAAAAACAAACAUUAAACUAAACGCUAUGUGCCGUCGCGGCUGUCAGCACUUUGAAUCCCUUCAGACCGGCGGCGCUUUAUGUGGCUCCUCGCCAGGUGGGACUGAAAGCGGGCAGUUCUGCUCGACCCCGUCAUUCGCUUGACCUGGCGACCCACCCCGCUGGGGAUCAUUCCAAGCGCUCGAAAAAUGCAUUCAUGUCCUGGAUGGUAAAAGCAGCAGUGUGCCAAAUUGCAGAAAGGGGUUAACUGUUGUUGCUACUGUAUUUCACUCCACAUGUCCCGUUUUACACGGCAGCUGCGCCGCAUACACCAUAAUAGUUCACAUAUUAGUCCUCCAGCAACUAUUGCUUCAUAAUGUUCAAGUAAAAAGUCAACAAGAAUCAAACAGGAGUGAUACUGUAAAGUGUAUACAGUUUGUUAUCCUCUGCAAAGAACAACUAAUAUUACUGAGACCUGCUCCAUGUAUAUCUGGAUGUCAGUAUUGUACUGUUGCCAGGAGUAGUACAAUGUCCAUUGACCGGAAGCAAAACAAAUGUUCUUUCUUGACACUCGAUUUCAUUGUCAUUAGUGUGGGUUUAAAAAACAUUUCAACUAUUUUUGUUGUUGUUGUUGAGUUGGAGGCAGUAAUGGAUUCAUAGCAUUUCCAUUCAUUUCAAUCGAGAAAGAUCAUUUGAGAUACUGUUGUAUCUCUGAAAAUUUGGUUCCCUUAAAAAAUGAGGCUCCAUUGUAUAUUAAAAUCAGUUAUUACUAUUAAAUCUUAAAUUGGAAAGGCUCUCUCUAGUGGAAGGGACAAAUGUAUUGAUCUGAUCCCAGACAACUUUGUAAAUGUCAAAACGGUCUAGAGAAAAAAAAAAAAAAAAAAGAGAUGUUGGACACGGUGUACUAGUGAGUUGAAAACUUGAUUCUGAGUGAUUAGCCUCAAUUUUCACAACAAAUGUCAUUGAAAUAUCAUGAAUCAGGCGGUGGAUCAGCUGGAAAGCGUUGGCCUCACAGUUCUGAGCUCCCAGGUUUGAUCCCGGACUUGACUGUGUGGAGUCUGCAUGUUCUCCCCGUGCCUGCGGGGGUUUUCUCAGGGCCCUCCGGUUUCCUCCCACAUUCCAAAAUUUAAUUGGACACUAAAUUGCCCCGAGGUGUGAUUGUGACUGCGGCUGUUUGUCUCGAUGUGCCCUCCGAUUGGCUGGCAACCAGUUCAGGGUGUUCAUCUGCCCGUUGACAGCUGGGAUAGGCUCCAGCAAUCCCGCGACCCUCGUGAGGAUAAGCGGUGAAGAAAAUGGAUGGAUAUCACAUUUAUAGGAAUUAAACAUUCUUAGUAGGCAUCUACAGUGGCCUAAUCUACAUUUACUGGCAUACACUUUACAUCAUCAUACACAUGAUUUAGUAUUCCCGCAUGCCACAUUAAACCGUUUAUAUUUGUUUCUUUGCAAUUGCCAGUUAACAUUUCACUAUAAUGACAAUAAUGUUGUAUCAAAUGUACAUAUAA